CCGCCCUGUCCCGCCCGGCCGCCUGAGGGAGCGCGGCCCCGCCUCCCGCUGCCGUUUCCGGGCGCCAUGGCGGUGCUGGCGGCCAACCCCAACAACCCCGUGGUCUUCUUCGAUGUCACCAUCGGCGGGCAGGAGGUCGGCCGCAUGAAGAUCGAGCUGUUCGCCGACGUCGUGCCCAAAACCGCGGAGAACUUCAGGCAGUUUUGUACAGGUGAAUUCAGGAAAGAUGGUGUUCCUAUAGGUUAUAAAGGAAGCACUUUCCACAGGGUAAUAAAGGAUUUCAUGAUUCAAGGAGGUGACUUUGUAAACGGAGAUGGCACUGGAGUAGCCAGUAUAUAUAGGGGUCCUUUUGCAGACGAAAACUUCAAGCUGAAACACUCUGCUCCUGGUCUACUUUCUAUGGCAAACAGCGGUCCAAGUACUAAUGGCUGUCAGUUUUUCAUUACGUGCUCCAAAUGUGACUGGUUGGAUGGGAAACAUGUUGUGUUUGGUAAAAUCGUUGAUGGGCUGUUGGUAAUGAGAAAAAUUGAAAAUGUGCCUACGGGUCCAAAUAACAAACCCAAGCUGCCAGUUGUGAUCUCCCAGUGUGGGGAAAUGUAAAGCAGUGGAACAGAAAUGCGAUUGCCUGCCUUGCAGGGCUGGGCAUCAGACAGCCUCAAUCAGCAGAAGCAGUCAGCCUCCAGGAGAGCCGAGCAGUCUGUCAUACCCCAAGCAGAUGUGUUUUGGACCGCGUAGGCUCUUUGCUAGAGCCUGGGGAGGUGAGGGGCAUGGGGCUGAGCUGGUAAGUACCUGCCGCUUGGCAACAUAGCUCACCUGGAAGCUUCUCCAUCCUGGUUGAGCAGCAGGGCACCAUCUCUUUGCACCCUGUGACUAAGUGCUGCCUUGGCAGGGGCCCAUCCAAGCCCUCAUCCGGCUGGGACUCAGUGGUAAUUGGUAAGGGUGCUGAAGGGCUGCCCCCAAGGGGAUGCUUAGCACACUGGUGGCAAAGAUGGUGCAGCGAUGGGUCCCCCGGAGACGUUGGCUCCGUUCUCGGUGGUUGCUGGUGACCUUUCCCUCCCCUAACAUGGAAGGAAUCAUGUAGCCAAGGGC